UACUAACCACCACAAUUGUUUUUCCAUACACGAUAUUUGUCUACCAUAUUAACUAUUUCGGUUCUUUAUGAGCCAUAUAAAAUGCUUAUAACUACUCGUUGUCUAUUAUCCAGUUCGCGCCACCGCAAUUGGGAACGUUCGUUACGGAAGUUUAAUAACAAGCAGCGUUGGAAUAUAUGUAGGUGGUUAAGCAGGGGAACUUACGAGAAUCUUAAAUUUAAAAAAGGUUGGAAAUCAUCAAGUUUUGUAAAUUUACCGAAACAAGCAUUACAACCACAAGGUAAACCUGUUGGUACCUGUGAUAUGGCUUUGUUACAUCAACAAGAUCGUGCGUUCCGUUUACGUAAUUAACGUUCAGAGUCUGAUUUGUGCAAGGGUUUGUAAAUGUGAUUCUGGUAAUUUUAUGGGUUUUGGAGACGCUGAGUUUUAUUGUCGUUAUUUUGUAUCACUUAUCUCAGAUUCCAUUGAUACGACAGCAUACUUUGAUAAAGGGUGUUUACUCAGGGCUACAAUACUUCUAUUUAUGUAGAUUUUAUAGGUCAAUGGUUGAAUAAUAUAGUGGGUCCUUCUUGGUGAUUAUGUAUUGGAUAUAUCAAUUGUAACGAGUUACUACUAUAUUCCAUCAUAAAUACGGCUAUCUCCAUUCAUUUCUACGGCAUACGAUUGUUAGUAUUUCGUAUGAAUUUUUCAGAAUGAAAGACAAAUUCAAGUUGUUUUCGGAGCAGGUAUGCUCCCUUGUGCAAGAAGAAUGGCAAUCUAUACCUGAUCCUAACAGUCCGGAGUGGCGGAGUUGCUUUAACCGCGCUGUUGACGCAUAUUUGGCUGGCGAAACCAGUACUUGUGACUUCACUAGUUUUCAACAAGAGUUGAAUAUGCUUCCUAGGGAAUCAGAUGCACUUAGUGUUGAUAUAAAAGAUCGUGAGAAGUUGGCUUUGCAUAUUCAUUCCAUGAUGGAAGGCCUCUGGCUAGCUGGCCGAAAGAAGUUGGAUGCCAUUAAUCAGUGUAAUCGAAGUGCACCGCUGAAGAUAUCGGAAGUAUCAUCUUAUGCGAAACGGCUUAGUAGGACUACCUGUUCUCCACCUGAGAACAUGAAUACUAUGGACCCCAAUUACCAUUCUGAGACAUACCCUCAAUACCACUUUUUGGGUUACCCGAGUGUGAGUGAGAUGCAUUCGUCACGUUUAUUUGAUUUGCAUCGUUUGGAAGAGUCAUCUUCAGCUCCUCGUGUCAUCUUCGAGCCCAUUUCUGCUGACAUGCAUCGUAUGCGUCUUGAAUGUUCCACACCCAAUGCUGUUCUGUACUUCCAGACUUCAAGGGUCAACUCAUCUCAGGUGGAUCCACACACAGGGCAGCCUGUUACGUAUACAACUGCUCCUGCUGUAUAUAACCCAUCAAAGAACUUGAAUUUCAAGACAUCUUGCCAACCAUUCAGUGUGUUUACGUGGUCUACUUGUGAGGGCUUACGGCAAUCAGAGGUUGUUCGCACUGAGUAUGUACCUCCUACUGAUAAAUCCAAGGGGGAUGUUAGUACUAAGAAAUCAUUUGGGUUCUUAAUAGGUAGGGAGCUCAUAUCCUAGUUAUGUUACAAACCCACAAGGUACACUUUGCAUGAAUCUAUUAUAUCGCA